UCCUACCCAACGUGUCUUGCUGUGUUUUGGGGCUCACUGCUGAAGGUUGAGGUCAUCAGAAAGAGAUUAAAAGCAUAGAGAGGGGUAACUUGCAAAAGGCAGAGCUCUCCGCUACUGUAGAUGGGGCGCUGGAUAUGUUACAUUUGCUCCAGAGUUGCAGAUUCGUUGAUGAUGCUCCUGGUUUUGGCUCUGAGCUGUAACCCUUCCACAGCAGCAAUAGCUUCUCCGUCUGCACCCCACGUCAAACCCAGCUACAGCUUUGGCCGGACUUUCCUGGGACUUGAUAAAUGCAACGCCUGCAUUGGAACAUCCAUUUGCAAGAAAUUCUUUAAAGAAGAAAUAAGGUUUGACACCUGGCUUUCUUCUCAUUUAAAGCUGCCCCCCAGCUACCUGCUCAGCUACUCGGGCAACUACACUGACGAUGCCAAGAGCUGGCGGAUGGUUGACAUCACCCGGCUGACCUCCAAGUACCAGCAUGACCGGGCCGACAAGCGCAUCUGCACGUCCCUGCUGAAGACAAAGACCUGCAGCCUGGAGCGUGCCCUGCGCCGCACGCAACGCUUCCAGAAGUGGCUGCGGGCAAAGCGCCUCACCCCCGACCUGGUCCAGGUCUGUGCCCCAUGGACCCUGGGCCCCAUACCAACAAGGGGAAGAGAAGGAGCCCCAGGGGAUCCCAUGUGGUUUGGGGAGGGAAAAAGGGUCUGA